AAAGAAGAGAAUGUUAGUAAAAGAGGGAAGAAAGAAAAAAUCACGGGUGAUAAGAAGGAAGAGAAUGUUAGCAAAAGAGGGAAGACUGAAAAAAUCUUGGGUGAUAAGAAAGAAGAGAAAGUUAGAAAAAGAGGGAAGAAUGAAAAAAUCUCGGGUGAUAAGAAUGAAUCUAUAACCAACAAGAAAGCUACGAAAAAUGAUUGUAACGCAGAAAAUUCAGAUAAGACUAAACUUACUAAAAAAAGACGAACAAAAAAAAUAAUAACAGAAUAA